UAUGGUGCGUAACGCGCACCGCCAUCGAACUAUGUAAAGCCUCCUCGAUCCAACUCAAACUCCAACGCUCUCUCACUCCUGCUUCUCUCUCUCUCUGUUUUCUGUUAAAUUUUCGCCUUUGGUUUCGAUACGGAGCCAUGACUGAUGGCCACCUUUUCAACAAUAUCUCGCUCGGAGGGCGUGGAGGCACUAAUCCAGGGCAACUUAAAAUAUUUUCAGGAGGAAUUUUGUGGAAAAAACAGGGAGGCGGUAAAGCAAUUGAAGUUGAUAAAGCUGACAUUGUUGGGGUGACAUGGAUGAAGGUCCCGAGAACAAAUCAACUUGGAGUUAGGACCAAAGAUGGAUUGUACUACAAGUUCACUGGAUUCCGUGACCAGGAUGCUAGUAGUUUGACGAAUUAUUUCCAAAAUACUUGUGGACUUACCCCAGAGGAGAAGCAACUUUCUGUAAGUGGACGUAACUGGGGAGAAGUUGAUUUAAAUGGCAAUAUGCUGACAUUUUUGGUUGGCAACAAGCAAGCAUUUGAGGUAUCUUUGGCCGAUGUCUCACAAACACAACUUCAGGGAAAAAAUGAUGUCAUCUUGGAGUUUCAUGUGGAUGAUACAACCGGAGCUAAUGAGAAAGAUUCCUUGAUGGAGAUGAGUUUUCACAUACCUAACUCUAAUACUCAAUUUGUUGGUGAUGAGAACCAUCCUCCUGCUCAGGUAUUUCGUAACAAAAUUAUGUCGAUGGCGGAUGUUGGUCCUGGUGGCGAAGACGCUGUUGUUACAUUUGAGGGUAUUGCAAUCCUCACGCCAAGGGGGCGAUACAGUGUCGAGCUUCAUCUUUCAUUCUUGCGCUUGCAAGGGCAGGCUAAUGAUUUCAAAAUUCAGUACAGCAGUGUAGUCCGCCUUUUUUUACUUCCCAAGUCUAACCAGCCACAUACGUUUGUUGUCGUUACUCUUGAUCCACCGAUCCGUAAAGGUCAAACUUUGUAUCCACAUAUUGUUUUGCAGUUUGAAACUGACUAUGUGGUUCAAAGCGACCUGUCAAUAAGCGAAGAUCUUCUGAACACCAAAUACAAGGACAAGUUGGAACCAUCUUAUAAGGGACUCAUUCAUGAUGUGUUCACCACAAUACUGCGUGGUUUAUCUGGUGCCAAAGUUACUAAACCAGGAAAGUUUCGUAGUUGUCAAGAUGGUUAUGCUGUGAAGUCAUCACUGAAAGCUGAAGAUGGAGUCCUCUAUCCUCUUGAAAAGAGCUUCUUUUUUCUACCAAAACCUCCCACCCUUAUUCUUCAUGAUGAGAUCGAUUAUGUGGAAUUUGAGAGGCAUGCAGCUGGUGGCUCAAAUAUGCAUUACUUUGAUCUUCUUAUCAGACUUAAAACAGAACAGGAACAUCUUUUUCGAAACAUUCAGAGGAAUGAAUACCAUAAUCUUUUCGACUUCAUUAGUGAAAAGGGUUUGAAAAUCAUGAAUUUGGGAGGUCCUCAGACUACAGAUGGUGUGGCAUCUGUUCUUCAAGAUGAGGAUGAUGAUGCUGUCGACCCACAUCUUGUGCGCGUUAAAAAUGAGGCCGGCGGCGAUGAGAGUGAUGAAGAGGAUUCUGACUUUGUUGUUGACAAGGAUGAUGGAGGUUCCCCUACCGAUGAUUCUGGUGAAGAGGAAUCUGAUGCUAGUGAAAGUGGAGGCGAGAAAGAGAAGCCUGCAAAAAAGGAUUCCAAAAAAGAACCUUCAUUUUCCAAGGCAUCUUCUUCCAAGAAGAAAUCUAGAGAUGGAGAUGAAGAUGCUUCGAAGAAGAAAAAACAGAAAAAGAAGAAGGAUCCAAAUGCACCAAAAAGAGCAUUGUCGGGUUUCAUGUUCUUCUCUCAAAUGGAAAGAGAGAAUGUCAAGAAAAGCAACCCGGGAAUACCGUUUACUGAGGUGGGUAGAGUCCUUGGAGAUAAGUGGAAAAAGAUGUCAGUGGAGGAGAAGGAGCCAUAUGAAGCGAAGGCUCGCCAAGAUAAAAAGCGCUACAAGGAUGAAAUUAGCGGGUAUAAGAACCCACAACCCAUGAAUAUAGAAUCGGGGAAUGAAUCUGAUAGUGCUUAGCUUAAUAUUAGAAUACUGAGCUAAAUAUUCCCUUGUUAGUAGCAGUUUUUUUUUGUUUGUUUGUUUGUUUUUUUCUUUUUUCUUUUUUUUUUGAUUUCCCAUGUUAGAAGUUUUGAAGUGCUAUUUGUAUCUCUGCUUAGGGCCCAAAACAAUAUUCUUAUACUUGAAUGUAUUGUACCUUUUAUA